CUCCCAGCUCCCGGCUCUUGGCCCUCGAAGAAUGACAUUUUAAACGGUAGAAGAGGAAGGGGAAAAGAUGGGCCAUUGGGAGCGUCUCCCUGAAAAGAGUAAACCCAGCCCAGCCCUGCUUCUUUGCUACUUAGGGAGGAAUUCUGCCACGGAAGGGUUCUGGCAUCGGUGAUGAGCAAUGGGGUAUGAUGUAGCACGUUUUCAGGGGGAUGUUGAUGAAGACCUUAUAUGCCCCAUCUGCAGCGGGGUCCUGGAGGAGCCGGUUCAGGCUCCUCACUGCGAGCACGCCUUCUGCAAUGCCUGCAUCACCCAGUGGUUCUCCCAGCAGCAGACGUGCCCCGUGGACCGCAGCGUCGUGACGGUUGCCCACCUCCGCCCCGUCCCGCGGAUCAUGCGUAAUAUGCUCUCGAAGCUGCAGAUCACUUGCGACAACGCUGUUUUCGGCUGUACGGCAGUUGUGCGACUUGACAACCUGAUGUCUCACCUCAAUGACUGCGAGCACAAUCCAAAGCGCCCGGUGACUUGCGAGCAGGGAUGUGGCUUGGAAAUGCCCAAAGAUGAGCUGCCAAACCACAACUGCAUCAAGCAUUUGAGAUCCGUGGUGCAGCAGCAGCAGACGAGAAUCGCUGAGCUGGAGAAGACCUCAGCAGAGCACAAGCAUCAGCUGGCCGAGCAGAAACGGGACAUUCAGUUGCUGAAGGCCUACAUGCGCGCCAUCCGCAGCGUCAACCCCAACCUGCAGAACCUGGAGGAGACCAUCGAGUACAAUGAAAUCCUGGAGUGGGUGAACUCCCUGCAGCCGGCCCGGGUGACGCGGUGGGGCGGAAUGAUCUCCACGCCGGACGCGGUGCUGCAGGCCGUCAUCAAGCGCUCGCUGGUGGAGAGCGGCUGCCCCACGUCCAUCAUCAACGAGCUGAUCGAGAACGCCCACGAGCGGAACUGGCCGCAGGGCCUGGCCACGCUGGAGACCCGCCAGAUGAACCGGCGGUACUACGAGAACUAUGUGGCCAAGCGCAUCCCCGGCAAGCAGGCCGUGGUGGUGAUGGCCUGCGAAAACCAGCACAUGGGCGAGGACAUGGUGCUAGAGCCGGGACUGGUGAUGAUAUUUGCACACGGAGUGGAGGAAAUCUAAGGACUUCCAAAGAGAAACGCUUCGUGCUGACGAGGGAGAGGAGGGGGAAGGUGCAG